AUGGCAACCUUGAAACCUUCGGGGGAGAGUCCUCAAUAUGCCAUUGACCUUGAUUCUGAAGAACCCGCCUACUCAGUAGGAGAACAGCGUGUCAUUGACAUCGAGCGUCAGAUCCAUGCGUACCGGCUUCAGCCCAGAAACAACUCACUCUACACUGAUAUCAGCGGCUUCGAUGAGCAAACGGAGGAAGAAAUUGCCAGCGAGGAGCUUGCCAACUUCAUCGACCUUACUGUAGACGACGAUCCAGUCGUUACGGUUCGAUCCCAAAGGCGCCACCGUGACCCUGCCCCGCGAGCUCCUCAGCGCAAGCAUGAGAAGGUCAAGAUUGCAGGAGGCCUCUCGAUUAAGCUCAAUACGCUUUACGAGCUUAGCCCUGAGCAUACACAAAAGUCGGCCAUUGAACACCACUUCAUUCUGGUUACCGGAAUAUAUGAGAAUCUCUGGACACACGAGUAUGUAGUCCAAGGCUUGCCGUUCACCAGGUCCCGGACAUUGAUGGCAAAACUUCCCCGAAAGCUCAACGAGAUUUUUGCAAUCUAUGAGUUGGAGGAGGGGGAUGACCGCACACCAGAGGAUCAAGCAUCCAUCGAAGUCACAGUCUCUGCGCUUCUCAGACCCCGGUCCCUACACCUGACCAACGCGCCUUUCCCUCAACAUCGGUAUGAUCCAAAGAUUUUUGGGCAUCGCGCUGCAGUCGAACAAGAGGGCCCUCUGGUCUGCCGCUGGAAGUUUCACAUACAUUAUCGCGACUUCAGCAAGAAGAGGGAUCGCAAGGCAAACCACUGGUCUCUUGAGCGUAUCAGAGCUCAUGAGGUCAUACGGGACGAGUUCAGAGUCCCUGAGGAGGUUCUCAGAGAGGACUGGAGAGGCCAGACGAUUCCAGGUGGCUCCAAAACGCCCGAGACUGGAGGAUUUGCUUCCAGCCUCACUGCAUCCAAACAACAAUACACCGUCUUCGACUCGUUCUGUGGUGCCGGUGGAUUUUCUCGCGGAGCAGAGCGCGCUGGGCUGCAUGUUAAAUAUGCCGUCGAUAACUGCAAGAAAGCUUGCGCAACCUAUCGCCUCAACUUUCCGAACACUAAUCUCUUUGAAAAGUCUGUCGAUGAGCUUAUGCUGUCUCCGAAAGAUAACCAGUUGCGUACCGAUAUCCUGCAUCUGUCACCUCCCUGUCAGACAUGGUCUCCAGCGCACACCGUUCCAGGUGCCAACGACGAGGCGAACAUUGCCGCUUUGUUCGCCUGCCGAAGUCUUGUUGAGAAAGUACGUCCUCGCAUCUUCACCUUGGAACAGACCUUCGGCAUCAUGCAGCCCUGUUUCGAUCCUUUCUUCUGCUCUCUCGUAGGAGGGUUCACUGAGUUUGGGUACUCGGUCACCUGGAAGAUUGUUCAUCUUCAAAACUGGGGCCUGCCUCAAACCCGGAAAAGACUAAUCAUGAUUGGAGCAUGCCCUGGUGAGAAAUUACCCCCUUUCCCUUCGACUACUCAUUCGGAGACUGGUGGAAGGGGCUUGUCGAAGUAUGUUACGAUCCGCCAGGCACUGGCCAAGAUCAAUGUCACGUCCACCUUUCACAACCCGGAAGAGGAGGUCAAGGACACACUCCCACUCGGGUCCGUCAUCAGCGACCCCGACCAAAUUCUCCGCAGAUGCGUGACCUGUUCAGGCGGGCAAAAUAUGCACUGGUCUAACACAAGAUCAUACACGGUCCGCGAAUUCGCCAGCCUCCAGGGGUUCCCCGUCUGGCACCAGUUUGCCGAUGCACCGAAGUCGGCCUUGAAAAAGCAGAUUGGCAACGCAUUUCCAGCUUGCGUCGUGAGACUUUUGUGCGAGCACCUAAAGAACUGGCUGCUCGUGGAGGACGGUCUUGCCCCGGCGCGAGAGCUGCGAGGCAGCGUUGGUGGCCGAGAGUUGGUCUUUGUAUCGGAAGGUCCAUGCCGUGAGACACCUCCGCUCGCGUCGAUGCCAGUCGUUAGGGACUUGGGAGGUUCUCAUGAAGACGCUAUCAUGCUGGAGGACGACGAUGAUGAGAUGCAGGUCGAUAUCAAGUAUGACGAGGUUUUUGAUGUCGACAUGACAGACGUGCCCGACGCCCCUAACACUCCCGGUACUUUUGACGCACCGAACACGCCAAACACCCCGGACACGCCCUACACACCUCGCUCGCGGUCACGCUCAAGAACCUUAUCAUUCGGGGCUACAUCCAGCCCUGUGCCAGCUGUUGGCAGCAAAGACUCGCCUAUCGUGUUUGACUAA